CGCAGCAGUCAGAGAGGACUGAGAGCAGAGGAGAGGAGACAGUGGGGGAGGGUCACGUGUGUACACAGUGUGGGGCUCAGCAGCACUUCAGCAGUAGUAAAGUCUGCGGACGGACGGCCCCCUUUUUCAGAACGAGCCUCAGUCCGUAAAGUUGAUAGAUGUGGAGCGAAGCUACGGCGAACGCGCUGAAACGGAUCAUUUCUGUGCGUCGAGGCUCCACACGCGAGCGCAGGAGGAAGCAGCAGCAACAUAAGCAGCAGCAGCAGCAGCAGCAGCGUAAUCUAGUUCCCUCACCUUCUGUUUGUUCUGAGUUUGUUUGUCAAAUGAAACGACCGAGAAAUGCCAGUGGAAAUGCUGCAUCCGAACCCGAUGCCUCCGUAGGUUUGUCACCGAGCCAAAGCCAAACGUUUCUGCUGACCUGUUGAGCGUACUUGACCAGUGUCAGAGGCCAGCGAUGUGGAUCUGCAUGGUUUACAAUGAGACGGACACCAGUGUGGACAUCCGCCUCUGCCAGGACUUCAGCCUCAUCCUCUCAGUCUCCUCCCUCAUCUACCUCCUGGUGUGCUUCCCACUGGGGCUGUGCUACAAUGUGCUGCUGGUCGUGGUCAACCUCUCCAACAAGGUGUCCAUGACCAUGCCGGACGUUUAUUUCGUAAACAUGGCCAUCGCGGGCCUCGUGCUCAACGUGGUGGCUCCCGUGGAGCUGCUGAGCUCCACCUUCACCUACUGGUAUGCGUGGGAGUACAACAACGAGGUCUACAUCACCCUGCUCAUCCUCUUCAACAUCUCCUCUCUGGUCAUUAUGUAUUCCACCACGCUGCUCAGUCUGGACUACUACAUCGAGCGGGCGCUGCCUCGCACGUACAUGUCCAGCGUGUACAACACCAAACACGUGUGCGGGUUCAUCUGGGGCGGCGCGGUGCUCACCAGCUUCUCCUCGCUGCUCUUUUACGUGUGCAACCACAUCUCCACCAAGAUGGUCGAGUGCUCCAAAAUGCAGAACAAGGAGGCGGCGGACGCCAUCAUGAUGUUCAUCGGCUACGUGGUUCCGGCUGUGGCCGUCCUUUACGCCUUUGUGCUGAUUUUGCGCAUCAGGAAGGAGUCCACGCCUCUGGACCAGGACUCUGCUCGUUUGGACCCUUCUAUCCACAGGCUGCUGUUGGCCUCAGUCUGUGUACAGUUUGUCCUCUGGACUCCAUACUAUAUGACUCUGUUGGUACAUACUGUAGCCGGAGCGCCAGGGCACCAUAGCAACCCACAAUACUUAAAUACUUAUUAUUUCUUGGGAUGUGUGUCGAAGCUGCUGGCGUUCUCCAGCAGUUUUGCGAUGCCUCUCAUGUACAGGCAGAUGAACAAGAACUUCUCCAACAAGCUCCAGCGGCUGCUCCGGCGGCUGCACUGCGGAGGCCAGUCUUGCCCUCAUGAACGCUCUACAGUGCAGCAAGUGGUGACGUGAGAUCACCCCUGCACCCCCCCGCCCCCAAAUCCUUGAAGAUCAGUAACCUCCCCAAUCCCCUGUAUCUUUCAUGGCCUAGCCGGCACUUAUCCCCCCCCACCCCCUGGACUCCAUUGCUGCUCUGGACUGUGUUAAGAGCGACGUAGCUAACUGUGGAAUUUCCUGUCACUUUCCAGGACUUGAUCAGAUUUAUCCUGUUCUGCAGUGAGACACACAAAAACCACUAAGUGCUGUUGUUUUUUUUGUCACACAGUGAAGUUCUUUAUCUGUGGGCUUCUAGUUUCAGAGCAGUAAAUUUGACACAAUCAGGCAAACCAACAACAACAAGGACUCCCCCAAUCACUAAGCCUGUGCUUGGGUGUUGUAUUGUGUUACACUGUUGUCGUGCUCAUGCACAACUGCCUGCAUUUUUACUGUAAAGUCUCAAUAUGCUAUCAGAUUUACAUGGCCCAGCCAAAGAAAAAGUCACAUACUGUAAUAUUCUGAUUACUUCUGACAAUAUUAGCAGUUUUUUUUUAUCUCAGAUCUUGGUUCAGCAGCGUUAUGAGGUCAGCUGACUUUCUAAAAAUUACAGAAUGACCAGGGUUUUUUGAGCAUAUUUGAAGAUAUUCCAGGCUCAAAUUGUGAAACAAAGGUUCACGGAGCAUGAGUCAUAAUUCUUUGAACCAUGAACCCCACUGGUCAAAACAAUCUCAUUUCUUCUUCAUCUGCCCAUUUUGGUAGCUAGCUGUUAGCAUAAAUGUUUGUAGCAAUCCUUACCUUGUAACACUUGAGGGCAGCAAGCUUCUUUCAAUAAUUGGAUCGUCUGAAUUGUGUUAGUCGCCUUGUCUUUGCGCAGAGGUCUCAAACUCAUGGCCCAUGGGCCAAAUGUGGCCCCUCCAAUUGAUUUCAUGUCAUAAGUUAUUUCUACAUUUCUUGUAAAAGAUGUAGUAAUGUUGCAUCAUAAAGACUAGUGUCCAGACUAGAUGCUCAGUAGCUCCCAGGUCAUUUGAGUUGACACCCCUGUUUAGUGGUUUCACCCAAGUGUAGAAAAUCCCUGGCUAUGGAUUGGUCACCUCAUAGUCCAGACCUUAACCCCACUGAGAGUUUUUGGGAUUAUGCUGAGGAAGACUUAACACAGUGCUAACAGAAAGUGGAGUGUGUGACUUUUUCUGGGCUGGGCCGUGUAUUUUGGAAUCUCUGUAUCGUUUCCUUUCAGCAUAAUGCUUUUCCCCCCCACAAUCACACAGCCAGAACCAGUAAGCUAUUAACUUUAAUUAUCAAGCGACGCCAAGUUAUUUUGUGUUCUCAAGGAGAAAACUGUGUAUCAGCAAUUUAGCGUCGCUAAUGAACUUCCUUUGUGUGUCAACAUUUGCACUUAGCGCUCGCAGCUAACGGCACCAUUUUCUCCCCCUGAAGCUAGAGGCCUUGAUCACUUGAAUAAAAAAGACGGGAGCCGGAUUUUACCCCCCUUUUAGACAAAUGCAGUGAAAGUAAAAAUGUAUUCUUGACAUUUCAAAGGUGAAGUACAAAGUCUCCCUCAGAUGUUGAGGCUUCUUAACUUCUUAAAGCUAUUUUCUUUACCGUUGCCAGUGCUCGCCUGUCGCUGUAAGUUGGUGGCUAGUGUGAAGAGUUGUUCUCAUUUCAUGUUAAUAGAAAACUGUAUUCCAAGCUCCACGAGAAACGUUAAAGUCAUACAGAACUAAGCUUAUAUUCAGGGUUCAGACAUAACAAGUAUACCUCUGGUGAUCUCCGCUGAAAUCACAUCACAUCACAUUUGUUAUAGUCAACAAGCGGUUCUGUGCUCUCAUCUGUCGCACACGCAGAGCCUUACUCACAUGGGGGUCAGUAAAGUCCACGCGGGGUCAUGGGGAAGACACCCGAGCAGGUGGAAUGUGCAUUCCCCGAAAUUGCAUGCACACUCACAAGUGGCUGGGGAGGGUUUUUGUUCAGUGGAAAUAUGUAGCCUGACCACGCUGCAGCUCCAGCAGCAGCAGUCAUCAACAAACAUUCACCUGCCAAACACCUGCAGAACGUGCCAAUGACAUGCAUGAUCCCGCACAUCUUCGGCACAACGAUUUUGACGAACCCAAGUGAUUAAAAACAAACAGAGAAAUGUUGUACUUGCACCAUGGAAUCAGUUUCUUUUUGUUUGUUUGUUUGUUUGUUUUGUUAGUGUGUUGCCAGUUCAUGAUGCAUCCUGUGAACAGAUACUGCAGCGAUGUGGGGCAUUAAUCUGAAGGUGGACACACGGCUUUUAUUUCCACUCACGUUAAACGUUAAAUCAUAAUAAUUGUAAUAAAAAAAACACUUUGACUGAAACAUUUAAAAGAUUGGACAAUGAUUUCAUGCCUGUCAUAUGUGUUUGUAUCUCACGUAUUGUGCGUUUAAAACUAUUUAUGGCCAGAAAGUGACAAAUACUCGUUGAGUAAAGAAGCACAAAGUGGAUUUGAAACGGUGUCCAUCAAUUUACUUCCUCCCACGCAGCCCCAUCGUCAUUAUGCACAACGAGUCGGUAGGAAGUUUAUUUUCCACUUAAGCUGUAUGUUUACAUGACAAGCUACAAUGUGUGCUAUUUUUUUUAAAGAAGACAGAAAAUAGGGAUUGUGACACAGUUAAUCAUUAUUUGAAGUUCAAAGUCCCACUGCUUACUAUUCCUGUCCGAUUGGAAGUCAAAAACAGCGACACAGACGGUCAAAUGAUUAGAGUCCAAGCCUGUACCGGUCCAUUUUUUAUUAACUAAAACCAAAUCAAUUUUUAAUUAUUUGAUCAUGUUUUCACUGUAGUUUUAAUUCAGAUAACAUCAAUGGUAAAUUGAUCUCAAUGUCACGAAAACAGGUGAGACUCUGUUGUAGAAACUGACAGACAAUCUUGACGACUUUUGGAGAUUAGUGUGAUUUUUAAGUACCACGUUGCUGCAGCACUGCCCCGCGGCUGAUGUGGAUGCAAUUACGCAAAGCGUUUCAGUUAAUGUAAAGACGGCGUCACUUCUAACAUCUAAUCAGGUUUUAAAUGCUGGUUUUUUUUCUAUCUCACUAAGAUGUGGGCUAAAACAAACACCUUUAGCCCCGAAGCUAAUAAUUAGCAGUCUCCACAAAUUGACUGACUGCACGAUAUUCACGACCAGCAAAAGAAAGCGGGAUCAAAGAAAGACCCAACCCCUGAUGAGUGCACUGUCUGCCUGCCUGUCUGCCUCGCUCUGGUUUGUUAUUUCAGAGUGAAGAAGAAGAAAUCUGAGUGAUAAUCACUGAGAUGGGUUAAUUUACUGAAACACGCUGAGUGUGAAAAAAAAAAACAGGGUUUCGAAUGUACGCGCUCGCAUUUCAGACGUUUGAAUGGAAAAAAAACCUCAGAAGUUAAGAUGAGUCCACUUUCAGAUGUGAUGCUUUAGUGCCUGUGUAUAUGUGAUGUGUAUAUAUUGUGUGUCAGAGAUUUACAGGAAGACACCGUGCUCUUUCUUUACAAAAAAGAAAAGCAAAGAAAGACCUACAGCGUUAUAUUAUGAGAGAUGUACUAUGAUUCUGUAAGAAAUCAACUGUCAUCUGAGUCAAAGACUGAUUAAACAAUAAACUAACA